GGGUUGGGUUAAUCAGCAAUCAUCCACUGCUUGCGUCUCUCUUUCUCUCUCCUCUCACAUGCGUUCUGGGUUAUGUUUGCUUCUUUUCUUGCCCCGUUAAACUGCCCUUUCUUUCCUAUAAAAUUUCUAACUUCCAAAAUUAACUAAAACAAAACUACUUCCUUUGACACUUCAACAAAUGCAGUUUCUCAUUUGCAAUCGCUUUCAUUUUAUGGUCUGAGCUAUCCACUUCUGAUGCAAAUACAAAAUCCCUUGCUUUGCUUUGUUUUUUCAUUGAACGAACGCUGUAAGUUCAGAUGAGAACAGCCCCUAUGUGCUACUCAAUCUUGCGAGUACCCAAAUGCAGAGUUUACUCUUUGGUAAAUACGUGGUGGGUAGGUUUCGUCCCCAUAAGUCCAACAUGUAAAAAAUCUAAUUUUAGGCUGUUAAGUUCUAGUGUUGGUGGGCAUGAAAGAAACAUUGGAAGUUGGAGUCGAAGACCCUUAAUCACUGCAGAUGAAGAAACUAGCAAAAACUCCUUGAGCAGUGCAGUUAAUGUCAGGCAUGACUUGUCAGAUAAUUUAAUUGCAACAACAAGCACAGAUUUCCCAAUAAACAUAACUGAUGGUAGCAGUGCAGAUGUCCGACAACUAAUAGCUGAGAAUAAGGAGUUGGCCAGCCUUGCGACUUUUAUUGUCUUUGAUCUUGAGACAACCGGGUUUAGUAGAAAUGUAGAAAGAAUAAUUGAGAUUGCGCUUCAGGACCUUCACGGUGGUGAAAACAGCACGUUCCACACUCUAAUUAAUCCUGGGCGUGAUGUCGGAAAUGAAUAUAUCCAUGGUAUUUCAACCCAGAUGGUCAGUAAACCUGGUGUUCCAAGGAUGAAGGAGCUUAUUCCAAUAUUGCUCAAGUAUGUCCAGAGCCGUCAGAAGCCAGGGGGAUAUGUGGUGCUUGUUGCACAUAAUGCCCGAAGAUUUGAUGUGCCGUUCCUAGUUGCUGAAUUUAGACGCUCUGGUUUUGAAAUCCCUUCGAACUGGUAUUUUGUGGAUACUCUUCCUUUAAGUCAAGAAGCAAUGAAAUCUGCAGGAAAAACUGGGUCGAAGACGUUGAAAGCACUUCAAGAGCAUUUUGGAAUCUCUCAAGUAGGUGAAGCUCACAGAGCCAUGUCAGAUGUGCAUUCUUUAUCACUAGUACUUCAGAAGUUAACCUAUGUUCUGGAGCUUCCAAUCGCCGGGCUAGUGCAGAGAGCUUUUACGGUUGAUGAAUUAACUAGUAGCAGUACAAAGAAGAAAAAGAAAUAAUCAAGCUAGUUCUUUUCUUCCUUGUCAUUACUGUAUCAUUCAUUGUUGUUGAUUUAUAUGUAAUUCUUCUAAUUAUAAGCAAAUGACUCAUUGUGUUACUAUCAUUUGGGCAGUUAUAGAAAUGAAGCAAAGUUAUAGAUCUUUCAGAUCAUUA